CGUGUAUCCCUCCGCUCGCUCCUCGGCGGCCGAGGGAGAAUCGCUCUUAUGCCCCCGCGGCCGAAGGUCCAUUUUGGAAGCCGCAUAAUCUACUCCGAAUCUACACUGAGUGAAACGGAAAAGAAUUGUUUGUGAUUCGAGUGUUGGUGUUUGCCGCGCGUGAAGGGGAGAUUACGGAUAUGAUACCAUUCCUCUAAGGAGAACUGUUGGAGACGAUGGCGAGAGAGUGACAGUAAAGACGAAAUCCGCUGGGUGUCUGCCGCUCUGUUUGUGCGUCCACUGUAUUGUUAUGAGUACAAUAUUGUGUGCGGAAUCAUCGUUUGGGAUGUACAAAGGUCUGUUUACACUUAAAGUGCAUUCAUCAAGAUGACUGGCAGAUAUAGCCGAACAUACAGCCGUAAAAAAGCUGCUCCACCCCCUAUCAGCCAGUUUGACAAGCUAGUGACUGAGCCGGGUGGCAGCAGCACCAAGCCCUCGGCAACCAAGACUGCCGGACAUGUGGGCAAGUGGGGGAUUACGUCAUUCACAUCAAUCAGGAGCAUCAACGGAGGCUUUGGCAAGGAUGACAGCAAUAAGAGGUCUCACCCAGACGACUCCCCCCCAUCGAGUAUUGCUGACGAUGCGUUCAGCUUUGAUGGUGGGAGCACAGCCAAUGGGGCAUCACUUCAGGUGAAACCUCCAAACUCCACAUACAGUAAACCCCGAAAGUUUUUCAAAAGUAGAAAUGUGGAUGCGGUGAGUGAGCCCGUUGCCGCAAAACCCAGUAUUAUAGAAAAGACUCGAGCCAAAGGAUAUGAUGGGCUGAGUAACCUGAAAAUACCGCCCUUGUCCUCCUUUGAGACCCCAGACUCGAGUCAGGGGACAGUGAAAGACAGUGUUGAUUUGUCAGACCAAAGUGCUUUUGACAAACUUGUGACAAGUGGUGGAAACAAAUCAAACUUCACAGAGGCUCCAAGUGGCCAGAAAUCUAGUAGUGGGAUCAAGCUAAAGAUUUUCAAAAGUCGAAAUGUGGCCUCUUGUUCUCAGGAAACCUAUUCUAGCACAGUGGAGCUGCCCAGUGACGACUCCCGUGCGAACAGCGCCUCAACAAGCGUGGCCAGUUCUCCAUCCACAAAAGACUUGAGUGAAGAGAACCGAGAUUCAUCGGAGGAGCUCAUGCCCUCCAGCUCCCCGCCGGCAGAGUACAAAGAAUCCCAAGUCAGUUCAACAUCUCUCAUAUCACAACCGAAUGCUUACCAUUCUCCUGAAAGACUUGCCUCACCAGACAGGACAAUUAACUCGACUUACGAUUCUAGUUUUGAGUUUGCGGGACUGGUGGACCAGAGAACUGGGUUGCCAAUUUUAGGUGAAGAUAGUGACUAUAGCUUUUCAGGUACCAAAUCAAACAGUGAAAAUCCCCAGUUAGGCAGCAAAAGAACCUAUGGUACCAAAGUCUCAAAAUCUCGAGAACUGAACAAAUACAUCAGCAACAAAAUGGUCUCAUUGUCAGACAUUGAUACUCAACCUAAUACAUUGAGUGAAGUUUGUAGUGGUUCCUUAACUGAUGAUUUUGAUAUAUUUGGUGUGGGAUCAAGUGACUUCACAGAACCACAGAAAACCCCUCCUCCAGUCACAGGGAGAGUGGACAGUCCCACUGUUUCUUCAGGGGGAGGAGGAGAGAGUGAUAACUUUGAUUUGUUUAGUACGGAUUUUGAUGAAAAUGAUAUUGAAGACCGGACCAAUAUUGAUUGUGGGACUGGGGUGUUGCCAGUCCAAAAAGACUCUCCUUCAAUGGGUGCCACACAGGAAAUGGAGGACUUGCUUUUCUCAUCUCAGGGUUCAUUAAUGACUACGCAAUCGUCCGCCACUUCCUCCUGUGCAUCUUACAAGAGAAGUAAUUCCACCAAGUCUGAGCCUGAGGGCGUGAAGAAGCCAGAGCAGCCGCCACUGGUCAAGAAGCGCAGCAUCUUCAAGAGCCGUGAUGCCGACCGAGAUGCAAAGAAGAGAGCAACAUACAGACACAAGUGGCAUGACCAGGAGGAGAAGGAUGAUGCAGCUAAGGAGAAGCCAACUCUGCAGAGCAGUCAAAGUGUGACCUCAGCCGCAUCCUCCUUUGAUGACUUUGACUUUGACCCUCCGGCCACCCUCAAGAGAGUCCAGACGUGGCCUGGAUCCUCAUCAACUGCUGAUAUGGAUGACUCCUAUGACAACCAAACAGUGACCAGUGUCAAAUGUGCAAAGAAUGCAAAACAAUAUUACACAGUUGUCAAGAAUGUGAAGAGAACGCAUCAGCUGCAAGAAUCUGGUGAGUUCCAGGAAUUCAAUGACGAUGUGGAAUACUUCCUCGAUGCCUUGCGUUCCUCCAUGCCUGUCUCCACCCGGUGCCUGGCUGCACUGAACCUGGCUCAGAAGUGUAUGGUGCCAGCCUUCAGGAUGCAUUUACGAGCUCAUGGCACCGUGAUCAAAUUCUUCAGUGCUCUCUCGGAUGCACACUCAGAUCACAGACUGGCCAUCUGUGCAGCUACUGUGAUGUUCACGCUGAGCCAAGACCGCCUCAACAUGGACCUGGACCGUGAUUCUCUGGAGCUGAUGCUGAAUCUGCUCGACACAGAUGCAGAUGCCUCAGACAACACCCUUGUAGACAUGGCAGAAGUGGACCACAACAAAAAGAAGAUCCGUGAGCUGUGUCGUGACAUGCAAAAGAAAGGCCAUGCAAAGCACCUCAACCUGAACAACAUCACUGCUGGCCACCUUGCCAUGGAAACGUUGCUGAGUCUGACCUCAAAGCGAGCGGGAGAGUGGUUCAAAGAAGAGCUGCGGGAGUUGGGUGGAGUCGAGCACUUGAUUCGCACCAUCACCCACUGCACACAGAUGUUCACCCCUGAUCUUGAGACUUGGACGCACCCACUUCUUGAAAAGUUGUCGAAGGUUGACCGCUGCCUCAAAGUCAUAGAAAAUGUGACGCACCAAAACACAGCCAAUCAAGAGUACCUCCUGACGUACCAAGACGGCAUAUUCCCAGAGAAACUCAUGUACCUGUAUCGGCUGUGUCAUGUAGAGGUGCCCCUGUACCCAGUCAGUGAUACAGAGAACCAGAAGACCAUGGUAGGUGGGAUGUCCACCGGCCAAUUGCUGGUCCAGACCCUACUCACUACCAUCAAAGUCCUAAUAAACCUCACACACAAUAGUGGAAAGGAAGCCAUGGGUAGCCGUCUUCUGGGCAAUGAGCAAGAGGUGUAUGAUAUUACGCUCUAUUGCCUCCUGAUCAUGCCACGAUACUUAGCACAUGACACCAGAUUUGAGAUCUUGAUCCUGGCCUGCUGUCUUCUGUUGAACCUGGUUGAGCAUAGUAAAUCAAACCGCAACCUGCUGAUGAGAAGCAAGGCACCAGAAUUCCUGGAUGAUGAUGACAAUGAUUGCUUUGGUGGCAAAGGAGAAAGGAAAGGGGCCAUGCAAGCUCUCGUAGAACUGUUCUACCGCUGUGAGGAAAGUGCCCGGCAGCAGGAGGCCCACACAGAUGACCUCAUUGACAAUGACUUGUCAGAGAAGGCACAGAAAGAGGAUGACAGAAAAGAUGAUGAAUUGGAAGAGACCGUAGCCAAGU